AUGUCGUUUGUUGGAAACUUCUCUGCGAACGGCGAGCGUACCGCAGCUCAUCAAGGAGUUGGGACGCCAGGUCAGAAUCCACCGCGCCACAAUGUCUCACAGGAUUCCAACCCAUACGACGAGAAGGUGGAGUCGUACAGCUCGGAAAGCCCCACCCUUACACGCGCAUUGAGUCGCGAGGAGAUAGAGGAACACCGACGCGACGAGGAGAUCCACGAACUGGCGAGAAGAUACACAUCCAAAUCCCAUCACAGCGUGUACAAUGACAACCCGUUCGAUGCGCCAGAAGGCUCCCCACUCAACCCAGCAUCCGAGAACUUCAGCCCACGAGCGUAUGCGAAGUCUCUAUUGAACCUCCAAGCCCGGGACCCAGAGAAAUGGAAGCAGAGAACUGCUGGCUUCGCGUUCAAGGACCUGAACGUUUACGGGUUCGGAGCGGCGACCGAUUACCAGAAGAGUGUGGGGAAUGUUGUCUUGGAAGUGGUUGGGGCUGCGAAGACGCUCCUAGGAAUGGCCAAACCCCGAAAAAUCGACAUCCUCCAGAAUCUCGAAGGAGUAGUCCACCAUGGCGAGAUGUUGGUCGUUCUUGGCCCUCCGGGCAGUGGUUGUUCGACGUUCCUCAAGACAGUUGCUGGUGAGACGAAUGGUUUCUUCAUCGAUGAGAAAUCCCAAAUCAACUACCAGGGCAUCGAGCCCAAGCAAAUGCACAAGGACUUCCGAGGUGAAGCAAUCUACACUGCAGAAGUCGACGUACAUUUCCCUCAGCUCUCUGUUGGCCAAACCCUUGAAUUUGCGGCUAUAGCCAGAGCUCCCCGUCAUAUUCCGGGAGACAUCAGUCGCGAAGAGUUUGCCAGACGCUCUCGAGACGUAAUCAUGGCAUCUUUCGGUAUUAGCCACACAAUCAACACACAGGUUGGAAACGAUUUCGUUCGAGGAGUGAGUGGUGGAGAGCGGAAACGUGUGACAAUCGCCGAGGCUUGUCUGAGUGGAGCCCCGCUUCAAUGCUGGGAUAACAGCACUCGUGGUCUUGACAGUGCAAAUGCCAUCGAAUUUUGCAAAACAAUUCGUAUGUCUACAGAACUCCUUGGGUCUACCGCAGUAGUGGCAAUCUACCAAGCUCCCCAGAGUGCAUAUGAUACAUUCGACAAAGUCCUCGUCCUAUACGAGGGACGUCAAAUUUAUUUUGGUAGAUGCACAGAUGCAAAAGCUUACUUUCUCAAUCUCGGAUUUGAUUGCCCAGCAAGACAGACCGACGCGGAUUUCCUCACAUCUAUGACGAGUGCUCAGGAACGAGUCGUAAGGGAUGGCUUCGAAAAUCGAGUACCACGAACACCCGAUGACUUCGCUACAGUCUGGAAGAACAGUCCAGAACGUGCAGCACUUGUAAAGGAGAUUGAUGAGUACAACAAUACCUACACGCUCGGAGGCGAACAUCUUCAAUCGUUCAAGGAUUCCCGAAGAAUACAACAGUCGAAGCAUCAGCGUGUCACCAGCCCAUACACCUUGUCCUACGUUGGGCAAGUGAAACUCUGCCUCCGAAGAGGUUUCUGGAGAUUGAAGGGAGAUCCAACUCUGACCUUCUCUCAACUUUUCGGAAACUCUGUCAUGGCCCUCAUUAUCAGUUCCAUCUUCUACAACCUCCCGCAAACUACCAGCAGUUUCUAUUCAAGGAGUGCGCUUCUGUUCUUCGCCAUCUUGCUUAAUGCUUUCGGUAGUGCUCUUGAGAUUCUAACACUGUACGCUCAACGCCCCAUCGUCGAAAAACAUGCGAGAUACGCUCUGUACCACCCAUCUUGUGAGGCCAUCGCUUCAAUGUUAACGGAUAUGCCAUACAAAAUCACUAACGCAAUCACGUUCAACUUGAUUCUCUACUUCAUGGUUAACCUGAAUCGACAUCCUGGGAACUUCUUCUUCUUCUUCCUGAUAUCGUUCACACUAACUCUGGUCAUGUCUAUGCUCUUCCGAACAAUUGCAUCAGUCUCUCGAACUCUGUCUCAAGCAAUGGCCCCAGCAGCUGUCUUGAUCCUGGCAAUCGUCAUUUACACUGGCUUCGCACUCCCUGUUCCGAACAUGCGAGGGUGGGCAAGAUGGAUCAACUACAUGGACCCCGUUGCUUAUGGAUUCGAAAGUCUUAUGAUUAACGAAUUUGCUGGGAGAGUAUUUACCUGCAACCCAGAUCAAUUCGUACCAACUGGACCAGGCUAUGCCAAUGUCUCCCCAUCAGAACAAGUAUGCGGAGCCGUCGGCGCCGUGGCAGGAUCCAGCGACGUCGAUGGAACAGCAUACAUCGAGUCAGCCUACCAGUAUUUCCCGUCUCACAAGUGGAGAAACUUUGGAAUUCUCUGGGUCUUCUUGAUUGGUCUCUGUGCAGUGUAUCUCAUUGCAACCGAGUAUGUCACAGCCAAGAAAUCAAAGGGAGAGGUCUUGCUUUUCCGACGCGGCCACACAGCCCUCAAGAAGAAACCGUCAAACGAUGAAGAAGCUGGGAGCACACAACUAGCAACUCUGGAAAAGGGCGCCACUGAUGCCUCUGCCAUCCUCACGAGACAGACUGCCAUUUUCCAUUGGGAGGAUGUGUGCUAUGACAUCAAGAUCAAGGGCGAAGGUCGCAGAAUUCUGGAUCACGUCGAUGGAUGGGUGAAGCCUGGUACAUUGACAGCUUUGAUGGGAGUUUCUGGAGCCGGCAAAACGACUUUACUCGAUGUGUUGGCAACCCGGACAACAAUGGGUGUCAUUACGGGAGGAAUGCUUGUUGAUGGCCGAGAGCGUGAUGCGUCGUUUCAACGCAAGACUGGUUAUGUUCAACAGCAGGAUCUCCACUUGUCAACCAGCACCGUUCGUGAGGCUCUGAACUUCAGCGCCCUUCUUCGACAGCCGGCCAAGGUUCCCCGCAAGGAGAAGCUCGACUAUGUCAAUGAAGUGAUCAAGCUGCUUGACAUGCAGGAGUAUGCAGAUGCCGUGGUUGGUGUGCCGGGAGAAGGUCUCAACGUCGAACAGCGGAAACGUCUUACCAUCGGAGUUGAGCUCGCAGCUAAGCCGGAAUUACUGCUUUUCUUGGACGAACCUACCUCUGGUCUUGACUCUCAGACUUCGUGGGCCAUUUGUGAUCUGAUGGAGAAGUUGACCAAGAAUGGCCAAGCUGUUCUUUGCACGAUUCAUCAACCUUCUGCAAUGCUGUUCCAACGGUUCGACAGACUUCUCUUCCUGGCGAAAGGCGGCAAGACUGUUUACUUUGGGGAAGUGGGGAACAACGCCAACAUCUUGACCAAGUAUUUCGAACGAAACGGCGCAUUUCCUUGUCCUCCGGACGCAAACCCCGCCGAAUGGAUGCUGGAAGUCAUCGGCGCGGCCCCUGGCAGUCACACUGAUAUCGAUUGGUAUCAGACAUGGCGAAACAGUCCCGAGUACAAGGGAGUCCACCAAGAACUCGACCAUCUAAAGGAAGAGCUUCCCCAAAUCACACAGCCAUCAACUUCCGUCGACGACAAAGCAAGUUUCCGUGAAUUUGCAGCACCGUUCGCAGUUCAGCUAUGGGAAACCGGGAAGCGAGUGUUUGAACAGUACUGGAGAACACCUUCAUACAUCUACUCGAAAGCCUCUCUUUGUAUAUUCUCCGCCCUCUUCAUCGGCUUCUCCUUCUACAACGCAGGAACCUCUCAACAGGAGCUCCAAAACCAAAUGUUCGCCAUCUUCAUGCUCUUCACCAUCUUCGGCCAGCUUGUCCAACAAAUCAUGCCCCACUUCGUCACCCAACGCGCCUUAUACGAAGCCCGCGAGCGCCCUUCAAAAGCCUACUCCUGGAAAGCCUUCAUGAUCUCCAACAUCGUCGUCGAGCUCCCAUGGAACACGCUCAUGGCAAUUCUCAUCUUCUUCUGCUGGUACUAUCCCAUCGGGCUGUACAAGAACGCUGAACCCACCGGCGCCAUCACUGAACGCGGUGGCCUCAUGUUCCUCUUGAUCUGGGAGUUCCUCCUCUUCACAUCCACCUUCACAACCAUGGUCGUGGCCGCGAUCGAGACCGCAGAAACAGCAGGCAACAUCGCUCAGCUCAUGUUUUCCCUCUGCCUGGUCUUCUGCGGUGUGUUGGCAUCUCCCAACGUCUUCCCCCGCUUCUGGAUCUUCAUGUACCGCGUGUCCCCCUUCACCUACCUCGUCGACGCAAUGCUCUCGGUGGGAGUAGCCAACAACGCUGUCGUGUGCGCGGCGAAUGAGAUCCGUCACUUCGACCCUCCGUCUGGUCAAACUUGCUUCGAGUAUAUGCAGACGUUCAUCAACAGCCCGUACGGAGGCGGAUACCUGACUGACAACAACGCGACGAGCAAUUGCGGGUACUGUAGCUUGGGAUCCACGAACCAGUUCCUGGCGGCGGUUAGUUCGAGCUAUGCGCUUCGGUGGAGGAACUUCGGCAUCUUGUGGGCGUUUAUCAUCUUCAAUGCUUUCGCAGCAGUAUUCUUAUACUGGCUUGUGAGGGUACCCAAGAAAUCUGGACGAAAGGUCAAGAAGGCGUGA